AUGUUCCGCACCGCCCUCGUCCGCUCCGCACGAUGCCUCACCCAAGCCAGCGCCCGAGCACAGCAGCCCGCGAUACGGCGAGCGGUCGCCAGCCCCUUCGUGACAUCAAGAAUAUCCACCCCGGCGAUCUCGAUAUCGGCUGCGCGAGGCUACGCCGCUGCGUCCGGGUUGGGACAGGAGGAGGUUACGGGAAGGAUUAUGGAUUUGUUGAAGAACUUUGAUAAGGUCAAUGACCCGUCUAAGCUCGCGGCGACUUCGCACUUCACCAACGACCUGGGACUGGACAGCUUGGACACCGUGGAGGUUGUGAUGGCGAUUGAGGAGGAGUUCAGCAUCGAGAUUCCAGACAAGGAGGCGGAUGCGAUUCACAGUGUCAACCAAGCCGUGGACUACAUUAUGGCGCAACCAGAUGGUACGACAAUUUGA